AAAGAAAUUUUUGACAAAAAGUCAAAAAGUCUAAAAAUUAUAAGUGUUGAAAAAGAGAAAGGAUAUUUUAAUUUAAUUUUUAUUAAAAUUUUUAAUUUAUACUCCUUGUAUACCAAUAAAAAAAAAAAAUAUAUAUCAAUCCUUAUAUAUAUUUAUAAAAAUUAGUGUUAAAAUAAAGCUUUAAAUUUUAUUCAUUUCUGUGCCGUACUUAAUUUAAUAUUUAAACAAAAAUAAGAAAAAAACACUAUACAAACGAAACGCACAAAAAAUCAAGAUUUUAUCAUUUUUGUUUUAAGAGAAAACAAAAUUAACUGUAUUCCAAGUAAAGACGAAAAGUAAAAAAAAAAGGAAGAAAAAUAAAUCUUGUGCCAUAAAAUUUAAGUACUGUCAACGAGCCAAAGCAUUCUCCAAAAAAAAAACGAAAAAAAAAUAAAAAACCUACAUCCUUAUCGUGAAGACGAAAAAUAAACUCCUGCUGAGAGAGGCUAUUUACUACCCCCUUCUCCCCCAAAAACGUCCAUCACUUCUUAUUGACAAGAGAACGACGAGUUAAAGAGAGAGAGAGAGAAAAGAAGAAGGGUAAAAAUCAACUUUCCAUCAUCAUGACUAUUUCCGAAAAGUCUCCAUUAUGGGAUUCCAAUAGCCAACAUAAUCACCACCACCAGCAGCAGCAGCAGCAAACUUCCUCCGGAGAAACACUAUCAUCAUCCUCAGGAGCAUCAUCGCCAUCACCGACAGCAUCACCGUUGUUACAACUGCCUUCAACAAAUAGCAGUAGUAGCGCAAGUAGUAACUCCAGCAGUAACUCCACUCUAAAGCAGCAUCAAAAGAACAGCAGCAGAAGGAAACGAGGUCCUGCGUCCUUGGUGGUGGCCCAACAACAAGAGCAUGCGGCGGGGGGAUCAUCAGCAGAAGCACGUUUAACAUCACAUCAGCAGCAACCAUCAAAUUCGUCAGUACCUGGGAGGUCUCAGAAAUAUGAAAAAAUCGACAACAGCACUACGACCACCCAUGGAUCGCCGCCAUCAUCGUCAUUGCCAUCGAAUACCACUUUUGCCACCCCCAGCCAAAGCCAAUUGAACGUCCAAUCUCAAUCACCCUUAUUCGGGGGUGGCUAUUCCACCAAAUUGCCAUACGACUGCGAAUCCGGAAUGUUGACACCACACAUACGGACGGCAUCGUCGUCAUCGUUAUCGAUAACGUCUUCGACGGCAAGUCUGCUGCCAGUGCCAUCUGGUGGUGGUGGUGGUGGUUGUGUGAGUUCUGGUCAUCAUAGUAAUGGAAAAUAUUGUGGAAAUGGUUCUGCCAACAACAACAAUGGUAACGGUAACAGUUCGAACAACUUCGGUAGUAGCAGUUUUUCAUCGCUUGGAUGUUGCAAUAUAAUUACACGCUGCUGCAUCGGAUUGCCACUGUUGAAGGCGAUAAAUGUGCGAAGAUGUGUGCUGGCGUUGUUGGCUAUAACUGUGGUAACAAUUUUCUACUACACACAUUACUUCGACACGGGUGUAUUUGUGGGAUUCAUUCAUCGUGACACCCGACCGGCCCCAUUAAUUCAUUGUCGAUUACUCAAUGAUAAACAUAUAUUGGGAUCAUCACAAACACCAGACCACCGUUCAGAAGCUCGCCUACGAAUCGAUCCAAAAGUGUUGGUUUUUGUCGAAACCACAUAUUCCCAAUUGGGUCGAGAUAUUGCUGAGCUAUUAGUCUACAAUCGGAUAAAGUACAAAACAGAAGUUGCUGGCAAAAGCCUGCCGGUGCUAACCAACCUCGACAAAGGACGUUACGGUGUCAUUGUGUUCGAGAACCUGGACAAAUACCUGCACAUGGAUAAAUGGAAUCGUGAGCUGCUGGACAAAUACUGCCGCGAGUAUUCGGUCGGCAUUGUUGGCUUUGUCAGUCCAAGCGAGGAGUCCCUAGUCGCUGCCCAACUGCGCGGCUUCCCCCUGUACAUACACACAAACUUACGACUGCGAGAUGCCAGUCUAAAUCCAGCGUCACCAGUCCUCCGACUGACACGUGCCGGCGACACAGCAUGGGGCGCAUUGCCCGGUGACGAUUGGGCCGUAUUCCAACAUAAUCAUUCCACCUACGAGCCGAUUGAGUGGGCUCAACGCAAUAACCAAGAUUAUCCCUCGGAUGGAGGCCAGGUGCAACUCCCACUUAGCACUGUGCUGCAGGACCACGGCCACCUGGACGGCAUACAGCGGGUGCUCUUUGGCAGCAGUUUGCGAUUCUGGUUGCAUCGGUUGUUGUUCUUGGAUGCUCUUUCGUACCUGAGCCACGGGCAGCUUAGUUUAAGUUUGAAUAGAAUGAUCCUGGUCGAUAUAGACGACAUAUUUGUGGGUGAGAAGGGUACCCGUUUGCGGCCGGACGAUGUUCGGGCUUUGAUAGCCACCCAACAGCAUAUAGCCGCUUUAGUUCCUGGAUUUAAGUUCAAUCUGGGAUUUUCAGGGAAAUACUAUCACCAUGGGACUAGAGAGGAAAAUUUGGGCGAUGAUUUCUUGUUGCAUAACGUCAAGGAGUUUAAUUGGUUUUCGCAUAUGUGGAAGCAUCAGCAGCCGCAUUUGUAUGACAACAUCACAAUGUUGGUUAAUGAAAUGCUUCUAAACUAUGCCUUUGCCAAAGAACAUCAUAUACCAACUGAUUCGGGCUAUUCUAUAUCGCCACAUCAUUCAGGCGUUUAUCCAGCCCAUGAAGUUCUCUAUGAAGCAUGGAAGAAAGUCUGGAAUAUAAAAGUCACCUCGACUGAGGAAUAUCCUCAUUUGAGACCAGCCCGCCUCCGUCGUGGAUUCAUCCACCGAAACAUAAUGGUCCUGCCACGACAAACCUGCGGUCUCUUCACUCACACCAUGUACAUUGAUCGAUAUCCAGGCGGUAGGGAUAAACUAGACGAGUCCAUCCAAGGUGGUGAACUCUUCCAGACAAUCGUCUAUAAUCCCAUCAACAUCUUCAUGACACACAUGUCCAAUUACGGUUCAGAUCGUUUGGCCUUGUAUACCUUCGAAUCAGUUAUAAAGUUCCUUCGUUGUUGGACAAAUUUAAAGUUGAGUUCAGCUCCACCAGUCCAACUUGCCGAAAUGUACUUCCACCUGCAUCCGGAAGAAGCGGAUCCAGUGUGGGGUAAUCCAUGUGACGAUCCACGCCAUAUCAAAAUCUGGUCGAAGAACAAGAGUUGUGAUUCUUUGCCAAAAUUUCUAGUCAUUGGUCCACAGAAGACCGGUACCACCGCUUUAUAUACAUUCCUAAGUAUGCACACGGCAAUAGCUAGCAAUGUGCCGAGUCCUGAUACCUUUGAAGAGAUUCAAUUCUUCAAUGGGAAUAAUUAUUAUAAGGGACUGGACUGGUAUAUGGAGUUCUUUCCGAUUGAAGCCAAUACCACGACAAAGUAUAUGUUUGAAAAGUCAGCGACAUACUUUGAUGGAGAUGUUGUCCCUAAACGUGCACAUGCUUUGCUGCCGCAUGCCAAGAUAGUCACUAUACUGAUAUCACCGGCUAAAAGGGCGUAUUCUUGGUAUCAACAUACUCGAGCUCAUGGAGACUUGAUUGCCAAUAAUUUUAGCUUCUAUCAGGUAAUUACAGCAAGUGAUUCAGCACCAAAAGCCCUUAAAGACCUACGAAAUCGUUGUCUGAAUCCGGGUAAAUAUGCACAGCACUUGGAACGCUGGCUGGCCUAUUAUCAACCGCAGCAGGUGCAUAUAAUCGAUGGUGAACAAUUGCGCCUGAAUCCAAUCGAUGUGAUGAAUGAACUCCAACGAUUCCUGAAAAUUCAACCACCAUUCGAUUAUUCGAAUCACUUGCGCUAUGAUCUGAAGAAAGGAUUCUUCUGUCAGGCAAUUGGCGAGAAGAGGAAUAAAUGUCUGGGGAAAUCAAAGGGACGGCAAUAUCCAUCGAUGGAUGAGCGAAGUGCAAAACUCCUGCAAAGAUAUUACCUCAGUCACAAUACGGCCUUAGUUAAGCUUCUAAAAAAACUUGGCUCUCGACCAAUUCCACAAUGGCUCAAAGAUGAUCUAUCAACAGUAUCGUGAUAGCACGCAAAACGGCGUUCUAGCCAUAAUAAUAAUAAUAAUCACCACGAUCGUUACGUUAACAAACGAAAACGACGUCAACAUCGUAAAUUAAGAAAACAUCCAAAAAAGAUUCUACACCACCAUCACCAGCAGCUGCCGUUGAUUGUAGAUUCUAUAUAAAAAAAUAAAAUACAAACAAAAAAUGUAAUAAAAAAUGAAAGCAGCUAAAAAAUACAUACACACACACAUUAAGUCAAUAAUUAUAUAAACAUAAUUAAAAAACUUUAGGUUAACAUUUGACUUUUAAAAAUAUAUAUAAACUUAUAUAAUAUACAAUUGAAUCUAUAUGUAAAUUAGUUAACAAAAGAAAAAAAAAUACAACUGUCACUAGAUUAGAAGAAAAUGAAAACUAAAUAAAAAAAAAAACCGCCCGCGCUCUCCCCACAGCUAAAACAAAUGAAAUAGACUUUUAAUUUAUAAAAA